AUGGAAAUAAAUCAUUGCAAAACAACAAGGGCCUUUGAUAUUCAAUUUAAAAAUCCUCGUUAUUAUCUUACUCUUGAAAAAAAUUAUUUGGGACCGCUCGCUCAAGAUUCGAUUCAAGAAUUAUCGAAGACAACAAAUCCUCCAAAAACAGAAAUUCAAAAUUUUCGAAUCAGUUGUUUAAACUUCUUUACUGAAAUAAUAUCACAAAUCAAGGACAGGUUUGAGUUUAAAGACUCCAUAUUUAAUAUAUUAUCAGUUUUAGAGCCUAAAGAAGCUCAAUCAUUUGAAAAAAAAGAUUUAAGUGACAUACUAUCAAGAUUUUCGACAUUAAAUACAAUCAUUGAUGAGAAAGCAUUGGGAAGAGAAUGGCGUGAACAUGCAUUAUUAGAGUAUGAGAAAUAUGGAUUACAAUCAAAUCUUCCCGCUGAAGAAUAUUGGCGAAAAGUAUUUCAGCUACAGAAAAUUGCUGGAGGGAUUAUGUUUCCAAACUUAAGAAAAGUUUUUUCAUUGUUAUUCGUACUUCCUUUUUCGAAUGCUUGUGUGGAGAGAGUAUUAAGCCAAUUAAAACUCAUAAAAACUGUUCAUCGAAAUAAUUUACAUACAUCUACCAUAUCUGCCCUUAUGACAACAAAAGAAAAUAUCAAAGAUGCCAUCAAAUUUGAGCCUAAUACAUCUGUUCUUAACAGGUGCAAACCCUGUCUUAGACAGAAACAUUUAAAUCAGAAUACAAAACAAAAAAAUAGAGUAAAACUAGCUGUUCAAUUGCUGAGCCACACUGUUGCUGCGGGCAUGUUUGGCAAAAUAUCACAAGGUGAAUUAACAGCUGAUGCGUCUGUGACGGCAGAUAUUAUAUCUAGAAUGGAUAAGCUGUUUGACACUCUCAACAGCGACACAGUGGACCUGCGGAGAGGAAAACCUUUCGCGACUAAUUUAAAAAUUUCCUUU